AUGAAAGCCAUUGCCCGAGCGUAUGUUUAUUGGCCUUCUAUCGACAGUGAAAUUUCGGAUUUUGUGAAAGCGUGUUCUCACUGUGCCCUGGUCGCCAAGUCUCCAGCGCAUGUGGCACCAAUUCCUUGGCCAAAAUCACAACGGCCAUGGCAACGUGUGCAUGUCGAUUAUGCAGGCCCUCUCGACGGGGAUUAUUUCCUUCUGGUAGUGGACUCGUAUUCCAAGUGGCCGGAAGUGGUACAAACAUCCCGAAUUACCGCACCGGCAACUAUAAGGAUCCUUCGCAGUCUUUUCGCCCGCCUAGGGAUGCCGGAAACACUCGUCUCCGAUAACGGCACCCAAUUUACGAGUGCAGAGUUUGCCAAGUUUUGCAGCACCAAUGGCAUACACCAUAUCACCACUGCACCGUUUCACUCCCAAUCCAAUGGGAAGGUGGAGCGGUUUGUGGAUACAUUCAAGUGUGCAACGAAGAAAAUUCGCGAAGGAAAAGGGUCAAUGCAGGACGCUUUGGAUCUGUUCUUGUUGACUUACAGGAGCACACCCAAUCCGUCUGCACCGAGCGGUUUAUCACCUGCAGAAGCAAUGUUCGGUCGGCGAAUUCAAACUACUAACAAACUUGGAGUUACUACGACCACCGUCCAACCGUUCGACAGAAAAAGAAGUGAAUCCGAUAAACCGUCGUUCAUUUCGACAAAAUGA